AUGAAUGGGAGGUGCCCCGAAAUCUGCACGGCAGACUAUAAUCCAGUCUGUGGAUCCGACGGUGUUACCUAUGCCAACAACUGUAACUUUCAAGCGGAGAACUGCAAACGCGGAAACAGGCUGGUCGUCCGACACGAAGGGCCUUGCCGCAACGGAGAAGGCCCGAGUCCCCCCGGAAACGGGAAUAAUGGACCACCCGGAAGU